GGAGGGUCAUGUGAUCUGCUCCGUUCCCAGGGUUCCGUGAGAGCCUAUUUGCCCCACCCCAACCUCUUCAGUGCUGGCUAAGAUUGCUUUGCCCUGCUCUCGGAUAGAGACAGGAGGGGGAAGAAUUUAACGUUAAAAAAAAUAAAUAAAUAAAGCCGUUUAUGGGUCGCGUUCACGCAUCCAGCAGUUCGCCGAGGGACUCGCGCAACCAACGUGGAGGAAUGUGAGCGCGCGCGGGGCUCAGUCUCACCGGCCUUCUGCACGUGCGCGAGAAGGUGCAGCUCUCGGAACGCUGAACCCGAAGCUGAGGCUGUCAGCGCCGAGCUUCAGCAGCCGCGAGAUAUGUGGAAAAGCCCAUCGAUUUCUCUCAUUUGGUCGUUUUAGCGAGUUGGGAUUGUACCCGCUACUGUUUUGGGUUUGUUUUUGUUCGGUUGAGGGGAGCCUCGAAGCGAAAGGACGGACGUACGCUGAAUCUCAGGAGAAGCUAAACUAACGAAGGCCCCUUGGAUUGGAGAGAGAGAGAGAGAGAGAGAGAGAGAGAGAAGGGGGGGUGGCAGCAGCCAUCGCAGCAGAAACGGGCGAAAUGAAGAAAAAUUGAGUUUAUUUCGCUAGACAAACGCGAAAACACGGAUGUACGUGUGCUACAAAACACGGGAGCUGUUUUGACAUUUUCGGUUUCUGCCUGGGAAGCGAACACCACGAAAGAAAGCCCCAUAGUUGUAGCUGAAAUAAUUUUCGCUGGUCUUGCUAGCCAGCUAGCUAGGCUACACGGCUGCCUCUGCGCGGAUCAGGGCUACAAGUAGGAAACGAGGGCCUUGUUAUGCUGAAAUGGUUCAGAUCAAACGAGACCCGUGUGUGUGUGUUUCUGAGAGUUCCAGCAAAUCGAAGCGAGCUGUUUUUUUCAGCCAGUGCGUCGGCUAAAUCCGUUUCGUGACAUGAACUCGCCUUUUCUUCAGCUCUUCGCUGGAAAGUUGAGGGUGGAGGCCUGAAGUGAUCAAUGGAUGGAUAUUAAGCUUUCUUUUUUUUUUUUGUAGCCGUCUAGGACGUAAGCAUUAAGCUUGGAAAGCGAGGGAAUUUGAAGCGACCAUUUUGAUCGCUGUUCUGAAAACCCGACUCCUCUUACCCUUUCACCCAGAGCUAUGAAAACACGCAUAAUGAACUCGUUAGUCAUACAUCAAUGUCAUGGCUGAGAUGGUCACUGAGGUGGGCUAUAGGUUACAUUGCGAGCGCUUGUAUGAAAGAUGUGUAGCCUCCAUGUCCUCGGCACUUCGAGUCGUUUCGUGGAUCGAGCACCUCUAGAAUAAGCUUGUUCGUGUGUUGAGUUUUUUUUUUUUUUCUCCGCCGUCACAUUUCCCCUGCACCUCCUCUUGCUUUCGCGGGAAAGAUGGGCUGCUUGGGCAACAGCAAGACCGAGGAUCAGAGGAACGAAGAGAAGGCGCAACGGGAAGCAAACAAGAAAAUCGAGAAACAGCUUCAGAAAGACAAACAGAUCUACAGGGCCACGCACAGACUGCUGCUUUUAGGUGCAGGAGAGUCUGGGAAGAGCACUAUUGUCAAGCAGAUGCGGAUUUUGCAUGUUAAUGGCUUCAACGCUGAAGAGAAGAAGCAGAAGAUUCAAGACAUUAAGAACAACAUAAAAGAAGCCAUAGAGACCAUAGUUGCUGCUAUGAGUACUCUUGCUCCACCCGUCCAGGUCGCCUGUCCAGAAAACCAACGGCGAAUUGAAUACAUCACCAACUUACCCAAUCAGAAGAACUUUGAGUUCACAUCUGCGUUUGGUCUGAAUGGAAGACCUUCACAGUAUGAACACAAGGAGUUUUAUGAGAAUGCAAAAAAACUAUGGCAAGAUGAUGGAGUGAAGGCCUGUUACGAGCGUUCCAAUGAGUAUCAGCUGAUCGACUGUGCUCAGUACUUUUUAGACAAAAUAGACAUUGUGCAGCAGAGUGACUACACACCUUCUGACCAGGACCUGCUCAGAUGCAGAGUGCUGACCUCCGGUAUUUUUGAGACAAGAUUCCAGGUGGACAAAGUAAACUUCCACAUGUUUGAUGUGGGUGGGCAGAGAGACGAGCGUCGGAAGUGGAUCCAGUGUUUCAAUGAUGUAACUGCCAUCAUCUUUGUAGUGGCCAGCAGUAGCUAUAACAUGGUCAUCCGAGAAGACAAUCAAACCAACCGCCUCCAAGAAGCACUUAAUCUCUUCAAAAACAUCUGGAACAACAGAUGGUUGCGGACGAUCUCUGUAAUUCUCUUCCUGAAUAAGCAGGACCUCUUAGCUGAAAAGGUCUUGGCAGGAAAGUCAAAAAUCGAAGAAUAUUUUCCCGAGUUUGCUCGCUACACCACACCAGAUGAUGCAAGCCCCGAGCCAGGAGAGGAUCCGCGAGUCACGAGGGCGAAAUAUUUCAUCCGGGACGAAUUCCUGAGGAUCAGCACAGCAAGCGGCGACGGCCGCCACUACUGUUACCCACACUUUACGUGCGCAGUGGACACGGAGAACAUUCGCCGCGUCUUCAAUGACUGCCGAGACAUCAUCCAGAGAAUGCAUCUCCGCCAGUACGAGCUCUUGUGAUCGGAUGAGCUCUGGAGGCAGACUUUUAAAAAGAGACGGACUUUUGAAAAUCUUGUGUUUUGGCGGAGUUUGAGAGUGAUGGAUCGUCUAAGAGCUGUGGGCUAUGGGCCCCUUACACCACACACACAGACACACACAGACACACACACACUUUUAUCAUGCUGUUGAGGACCAAAUAUCAUGCAGUAUCCAUUUGAAGCAGCAGCCCCAUUUCAAGGCAGUUAACUGCACGCACACACACACACACACACACACACACACACACACACACACACACACACACACUGACUGAGACGUAAUUAAAAGUUUAUUUAAAAGUCAAGUCAUAUGAUCAUUUGCAUAAGUAGAUGACACACAGACGUAUCUAAAAUUGCUCUACCUGACAAAAUUGUACUCCUACAAACACAUAGCUUACAGUCUCUAGUUUUGCUUCUUGUGUCCGCUCACCCACACAUCAGAGUGUGUGCCACAACACACACACACACAAGACAUGCGCGUGCACACACACACACACACACACACACACCCCGCUGACCCCGGCAGUACCUGACAGUCUUGAGCCGAUUUGUGAUGGCCCCACUGCUGGACCUGAAUCACAGGACUGUGCUUGACUGUUUUUGAGUUUUCAGUUGGCUGGAUCAGCUUUAUUUGCCAUCCCUUGACCUCUCUUAUGGAGAGAAGGAUGAUUUCUCACCAAAUGCUAGAAGAGCAGGACAGGCUGCAGUGAACAAGACGGACACUUGAGACACAGCCGUGUCGCGUGACUUGCUAGCUGCUUUUGGAACGAUAAACUUGAACGAUCGCAACUCUCCACUCCGCAUCCCCACUCCCUUCUUUGAUCUACUAAUUUAAUGCAAAUAAUUUGAUUGAGAGCACUCUUGCUUUUGGGGGGGAAAAACACACACACACACACACAUACACACCAGGUAAAGAUGACUUUUGCCAAUGGAAUACUGCUCCCUUCUACCGUAUUUCCUAUUGGUCACUCUUGCCAUCUUCCCAGUCCUCCUUUUCCUGUUCUCCUGCUCUCUCUUCCCUUCCAACCCUCUAUUUUAUUGCUGGACUAUUACUCUUGUACAGACUGCAAAAUGUAUUAUUUUGUACUUUACUGAAAAAAAAAGACUUGUAGAAGUUCCUGUGCCUUGAUCACAACACUGCGUGUAAAAAGAAAAAAAAAAAGAGCUAAAGGCGUAAGGUAUGUCUGCGCUGUAUUGCUUAGCCUCUUAGCCACCCUUCCAACCGAUCAGUUGAGCCUCUUUGUUGCUCUUUCUCUCUCUCUUUCCCUCAUGCCUCUGCUUCCCCCAUGUUGUGUUAUUCCAGAUUGCUUUACAUCCACAUGCCCCUCCCCCCUCCCCUUGCUUUCUGAAGAGAGAAAUAAUAAUUAGAACAAGUAUGGAUGUAAAAACAAACAGCUUCUUGGUUUUAAUUGAAUCAAGGAAAUUUGACAUCACCAAUUGUGUGCACUUAAAGUUAUGUGCAUUACUGCAAUUGCAGUCCUGUUGCCAGGGGGCUGGAAAAUGACCUUACUGUUUUAUUUCAGUUUUAGCUUUAAGGUUAAAGGUGGUGGGGGAGGGAGGUGGCUAUCCAAAUGCAAAACCUGGCUUGUUUCUACAUUAUUCCAUUUUUCCUAACUAAAGAAGAAGCCUAAAA